CACGAGACGGGUUGCAAUGGUGCCGAUAGCUGUGCUUCGCGACCAACGCGAAAUCUGUGAUCCUGAUUUCUUCUACUAAUCUAGCGUUCAGAAUCUACCGAGUGUGUAACAAGAAAACAUGUGAGUAAAUUUGCUAUAAAAUCCAAGACUUAAAAGAAUGUAAAUAUGGCAGAAGGUGGAACAGAACCAAAGUCCAACGACAAUCAAGUACCUAAACUUCAGCUUGAAGUGAACGAAUGUCUUGGUAACUGGCUAGUGUACUUACAGACUCUCAAUGGCCUAUGCACGGCAGGUACAAAGUUAGCUCAGUCGCUGCAAACACUUUUGUCCGCUCAUGAUACAUUGGCACAAUAUAGAUUAACAGGACAGUGUCUGGCCGGUUGGGAAGAACUCACAAGAGCAACCUAUGUAGCCAGCAAUACGGUAAAGAAUCAUAUUAUCUCUGCAUUAAGAGACCACGAAGCAAGAGAAAACGAAGGGGAUAAGCACGAUAUACUUAGAGAUAAUCUAUUGACAUUUAUAAAUCUACAAUAUCAGUUUUGUGUUGCCUGCUGUGAUUGUCUAGGAGGCAUGGCAGAAUGCUCUUGUUCUCAAAGUGGUACCGCUGAAUGCGACAUCGCCUCUCUUCAGCAGUGUUUCGAAAGACUGUACAGUUCACCACCACUGGUACCUUCGUCGUCUGCGCAACAGGCUGUACAAAAUUGUCACAGAUCACCUUUACCGUAUCCUUUAUUUCCUCUGCAGGUUCAGAGGAGAUGGUCUGAAACUGCAGCUGCGGAAAUGUCGGGUGAAGUUUCGGAGAGUGCAAUGAGAAGGUGGUCUAUGCCAUGGGACUGUCGAAAUAUUACAGAUUGGCCACGGCAAGAUGUUCGAUCGCGAUUAAGGGUUCCUCAACAAGACAGAAGUAGAUCCACUACACCAGACACAAUAUGGAAAACAUCUACCAUGGCUAGUCAAGAUGGCUUACAAGAAGCAAUUCAAUUGCUUUCUUGUAAACCAGGAGUUAGGCCUCUAAAUCAGUUGUCUGCCUAUACUAACCAGCAUAUUCCGGGCGUUACUUUAACAACGUGCAAUUUCGAGUCAAACUACGAUCCGACUAUUUGGACAGGAUCUCGUAAAGUUGGUUCUUCGAGGUGUUGGCCGCACGAUUCUCACUCGAGCGAUCAUUCUGAUCAAUCGGGACGACGCGAGAGCGAUCAAAGCGUGCACAGUGGAGAGCAUAGAGAUUCAGAACAAAGUGGAACCAGUGGUAGUCACGGGGACAGCAAAGAUAGCAUUCAUUCGCAUAGCGAUCAUAGAGAAGUCGAACUUGGCACUGUAGACGUAUUGCCGUCACGAAAAAGCAGCUCUUCGACAGAUUCUUGCAUAUCAGCCCAUAGUCGUUCAGGUUCCGAGAGCGCUGGUGGUGGGGAAUGCGCGAGAUCUCAGUUAUAUUCAAUGUGGAUCGGCAGCGAUUUGCCUUUCAUUAAAUUACCGGAAAGCAAUGAAACGCAAGACGAACAUCCACCCGUAUAAAUACUUUCUUUCCUUUUUUUCGAAUGCUAUCGCCGUUUAUUAAACGAGAGCGAUCAAAAUCGUUCGUUUUAUUAUAUUUAUAAGCGUGAUGAUGCAGUAACGCGCGUUAACAAUGCAUAUACGAGUUAAUGUGCGUGAUAUCGUUGAAAAGACGCGUAAAACGCGGCAUUUGAUGUUUAAUAUAACAAAGUAGAGUUGAAUGAGUGUGUUUGUAUAUCGCGCGAUAGAUCGGUACGUAAUCAUUCGAAGAAUAGAGCGAACUAGAAGGUUUUCGAUUGUCUGCGGUAAUUUAUUCACGAACGACUAUUUGCUGUCGGUUCCGUUUCCCCUUUCUAGUCUGUCGAUAAUUUUCAGGGGAAAAUUGUUCGUCGUAAUUUUCUUUUCUUUUUUUUCUUUUUUUUUUACCGGAAUUUUGUUCCCGAGUUCCACUCUUCGUUCAAUAUGGUAAAGCUUUAAUGGAAUUUUAAGUAUCGAUAUUACUCUAAUGUUGUUAUAUAUAUAUAUAACCGCAUGAAUUGGAAAUUAAAAAGUUGAACAUUUUCCUAUUCGUUCCUUCAUACUGUCUCCAUAUCGUGCAUUGGCAUAAACCAAGUGCAGUAUUAAACCAUAUCGUAUAAAUUACAUUCCCUGUGAUUUGAUUAUUCAUCAUGUGUGCACAUCGUCGAUCGAUCGUACAAACGAUCUGUGCUCCUCUAAAGAGCAUACCCCCCUAUCAUUCUUUUACCGCCGUUCUUACGCUGUCGUUCAACCAUAAGCCUGGCUUUUAUCGUUUCAAUAGACGUGAACUGAUUCGAGAAACACGUGGUAGGGGGAUAGACGUUAGAGGAACACGGAGAACGGUUUUUAUCCGAACGAUAUAUUAUAAUUGACGUAUAGAGAGUAUACGCGUCAAUCGGUUGCGAGUGAUUUAAUACAUGUAUACAAUUUGAUUCAUAUGGCACAGAAAAAUAAAACAUUCGACACUACAGGGGGCUACUUACAUACAUAUUCGACAGUUUUAAAAACGAGCGGUGACCUUUCGCGUGCUAUGCCGCUGGAGUCACGCUAGAAACCAGUCAGUUCCUAACCGCCGCUAUAUCUGGCCGCGGUUUCUUCUUGCGUCUGCUUAGCUAAACUUAAACGCGAUACCAUUAGAUGCGUCUACAGUCGAUGGCUUUCAGCCUUACUGACCGUGAUCGUUUAAAUUACAUGUUGCAACGAGCGU